AUGUCUUUCUUCAACACCACAGCGACCCUCCGCCACACGUCGCAGUUGCCGGCGGGGACCGACAAGACGACGGCCGUCAAGGCGAUGCUGCAGGACCACCGCGCGUUUAUCCAGUGCGGACCCCACAGCGUCGACUGCGCGACGGUCGCCGACGACGAGGCGGCCCAGCUGGCCGAGACGGCCCUGGCAUCGCACGCCAAGUCGGAGCACCCCUUGCCGGAGGAUGUGCGGGCCGUCCUAGAAUCGUCGCCCCGGGAAAAGGACGGCCGCCGGUUUGGCGUCUACCGCGUGACGGACGUCGUGCAGACGCUGCCGGCGGGGCUGUGGGACUCCAAGGUGGUCAGCACGUACGAGAUGACGGACAUGCCGUCGGGCGUGUUUGUGCGCAUCCGCAGCCCCAUGUCGAUUGUGAUGGACACGACGUGGACGGUGGCGGAGACGGAAGGUGGCGGCGACGCGUCUGACAGCGCAUCCGAGACGAAGCUGGUGCUCGUCGAGGAGAUUGUCAUCUACUGCUCGCGGCUGCUGGUCGGCACCGUCAAGGGCCUGUGCGAGGGCGGCUGGCAGCAGAUCCACGGAAACAUGAUGAAGCGGCUGGCCGAGGGCGACGCGGCCGAGAUGGGCAAGCAGUAG